GUACGUCAGGUUUCUGAAAACAUCCUCGGACCUUUCUGGUAGAUUGGCAGCCGAGUACUCGGGGAAUCCCUCGUGCGUUUGUUUGCGCCCGCCCUCUCUGCGCUUAUUCUUGCCUGAUCUCAUACCCAUCUAAUUACUCACGGAGUUACCGAUAUAUCUAGCAAUAUCUCCCUUUUGAGAUCAUUACCUUUCUGUUGCUUGGUGCGCCGGUGGUUUUCAGCGGCCACUGAGUACUCCGGCGGCCACAAAGGUGACGGGGGAAGGAAGUGUCACUCGGUGUUACGAAGUGUGAGCAGACGUCCUGUACCUACAGGACAAUGAAAACCAUGCAAUGGCGAGUGAGACACCUGUUAUGUUUUCUGCUUAUGUUCUUCUUCCUCGGCAUCUACUUCCUGUCCACCAGUCCACAAGUCAGUGUUCCCAGCAGAAUCCCCCACAUAUCCCUCGACAGAAUCAAGAGUGCCUUCAGAACAACUGAGAUCCCGAAGAUCUUACACCCACCCACGGCUCCUGCAGUAGUACGACCUACAGAUCCUCCUUACAUUGGUGACAAAUAUGCCCAGGAGGACUCAUUCCCACAAAGGGUCUGUCAGGAUAGCAUACGGCAGAGGGUUGCAGGGACGAUUUUCGGGCCAAAGUUUCUGGACAGGAUCCCUGUGUUGCAGUGGCAGAAGCACUUUUCCCCAGAAGAGUACCAUCGCCUGCAGAAGUACCCUGGUUCACAUGGGUGGGGGGAGGUUGACUACCAAAUCCUGGGUGCAGCCCUCUCUCUCCUCAACACCACGGCCAAUGGGCUCAUGUUCGACGACUGGGAGAGUCGGGCUAAUGGCUCCUCCUGCAUCCGCUGUGCAGUGGUGGGGAACGGGGGAAUCCUUCGUGGCUCCAAGAUGGGCCGCGAGAUCGACCAGCACCACUACGUCUUCAGGACAAACGCAGCGGUGAUCCGGGGUUUUGAGGAGGAUGUAGGAUCACGCACUUCCAUCUACACGUUCUCCGCCAAUACCAUGCGCAACUCCAUCCUCACCACAGCGAACUAUGAGGGCCCCCCUCAGUCCGAGGAAACCAGAUAUGUCUUUAUACCAGACCAUGACCGGGACUACCUGCUCUUGAAGGCUGCUGUGACACACACGCCUGUGGAGAAAGGGCGAGAACGUGGUGAAAAAGCAUCCAAAUACUUUGGCCCCAACGUGACGGCAAGAAAGUUGAAAAUGUAUCACCCAGACUUCAUCCGCUACCUGAGAAACAGGUAUCUGCGUUCCCCGAUCUUGAAGACCAGCUUCCGGGACUGGUUCCGGCCGUCCACCGGCGCCGUGAUGCUACUGGCUGCCCUGCACACGUGCGAUCAGGUCAGCGCCUACGGCUUCUUGACCCCCGACUACCAGAAGUACUCGAACCACUAUUACGACCGGACCUUCCAGACUGUGCAGUUCUUCUCCAACCACGACUACCGCAUGGAGCUGAAGCUCUGGCAGGAGCUGCAUCAAAACAAACUCAUUCGACUAUACAUGCGCCAGAGGACACCUGGGACAUAGCACACAAGGAAGGAGAGAGCUGUUGAUAUGCCUCAGACAUUCCAGACACACUUCCUGUGUUGUAUUUUCCAUUUUCUCCAGUUAAAUGUGAGGAGUUUGUAUUAUAAUGAAUACUGUGGACACAGUAACUAAGGAGCCCUGGUUUUCCCCAUUGGAAGGUGUCUCUUUGGGAACCCAGCCCUCUUCCUGGGAAUUAAUAACAAAAUCGGACUUGCACCCUGUGAUAACCCCCUUGUUUUUUUUUUUUAAAUCUCAUACACAUUCCCUUUGGAUGGUCACCUAACUGCCAUCAGUUUUAGGGAUCAUAGAGAUAUUUCCCUUGAAAUAUAUGAAAUUUAUAAUUAACCAAAAUUGGGUAGUUAAAAUAUCUUGUAUAAAAUGCAUUCACAGAACAUUCUGUGCACCUUCAAAAAUCAUUUAUAGAACAUUCAUAAGCAGCAUUUAAGAAUACCGUAGAACAUCCUAACAUGUCCUAACAGCUUUAGUAUACAUUAAUAACUUAACAUUAUAUGAUUAUAAAAUAAUAAUCUUUGUGAUGUAAGCAAUAAUAUACGAGAAGGAGUCUGGUUGUACUACAAUAUGUUACGGUUGUAAUUUGGUCGUAGGCACAAGGCCUGUGGCACGACAACCGUAUGACUUUGAGGAUGUUAUUGCCUUUAUACAACAAUUAAUCAAGUAGCAUUUUGAAGUUACCGCUGCUGUGCCACAGCAGAUAGUAUUUUGCUUGAAUAUUUAUAUAAACAUUAAUGGGUCUCUGCAGAAAAAAUAGUUCCCACCGGCUAACUAAUGGCUAUUGCCAAGCAACACCAACAUUCCAACGCAGCACAGCUCACUCGCUUCCGACUACUUUGCAUCAUUUAAAUUUAACUAAGUAACUGUAAAGCGGAGUGAUACAUAUGAUGUGAAAAGUUAGGGUAUGGUUACACUCUGAUGACAGCACUCGUAGAAUGCCGCUUAUCCAAUCAGAUUUCUUUGCCGGAACUGACUGUUUGUAUAAUAAUGUAUACUGCAGCUGUUUGUUACGAAGUUAAGGCUUGCUUAUGUGCUAUUUAGGAAUGUUCUAUGGAUGCAUUACAAAGGUGCAAUUAAUGCAAAGUGUUACCAAACAGUUUAAUAUGCAUUUCUUAUAUCCUUUCUAACUGUAUGUGGCAUUGAUAAAUGUGAUUGAAGUAUUGUUUAUAUGUAAUUUAUUUUCAAAUAAAACCAGAAAAUCUUUUUUA